AUGGGCCUAUGUCUCCUCCUUGUCUUAAUGAUGGUCAGCAGCACCAGUGCACAGUCAAGUUUAGCGGAGCCAGGCUGUGGCACUAAUUGGCGACGUCCAGAAUACACUGACAUCCAAGUGGACUGUGGCACCACCUACAUCAGCCUGGCCAUCCUGGCCUGUCCCGUGGCCUACACUGGAUACAACGAGUCCUUGCUCAUCCUCAACUCCCAGCAGAACACAGCCUGCAAGGGCACCCUGGACACCUCGGUCACCCCUCCCGUCGUCAGGUUCACCUUCCCCAUCAACUCCACCACUGCCUGCGGCAGCAUCUUCAUGACCACCAGCCAGGCUGGCACCGGAAUCUUUUCAGAUUUCUCCAACAUCCAGACGGUCAACGUGAGCGGUGUCAUCCGCUCCCAUGAUCCCACUACAGGCACUGUCACGUACAACGCUGAGUUGAAGUAUUUCUACUCCUGUGCCUAUCCUCUGGAGUACUUCAUCAACAACACCCAGAUUGAUGUGUCUUCAUCCUCCAUUGCAGUACAGGACAACAAUGGUACUUUCAUCAGCACCCUCCAACUGCAACUCUUCACUGAUAACACCUAUAACACGCCACUUGUUAUUCCACCUCUGGGUAUUGAACUGCGAACUCCAGUCUUUGUCCAGGUCCAAGCAACCAAUUUGACCUCCCAGUACAACGUUCUUCUGGAUCGAUGCUAUGCCUCCCUGUCUCCCUACCCCACCAACUCCACCGUCUUUAAUCUGUUUGUCUCUGUUUGCUCCAAGGACUCAUCGACGGACAUAUUGGAGAACGGUGACAGCCAAAACGCUCGCUUCUCCUUCCCGGCCUUCCGCUUUAUUGAGCAGCAGAACUUGACCGUGUCCACCUACUACCUCCACUGCAUCACCCGACUGUGCGAGAUCAGCACCUGCGGCCAGUUCAAGAUUUGCCAAAAUUCAGGAAGGAGGAAAAGAGACAGUUCCCAGGCUACCAUCCAAGAAGGUGUCUCUGAAUACACAACCAUCUCCUCAUCCGCCAUCAUCACCAAAGCAGAGAACAUGGUGACAUCAAAAGAAGAAGAGACCCAAGGCAGCAGCCGGGCCGGCAGCUCCUCUGUGGGCCUGGGCAUCGCCGUGGGUGUUUUGGCUGCAGCCGUGGUGGUGGUCAUCGGGCUAGCUGCCUUCUUCUACAAGCGGAUGCAUCCAGGCUCCAACAAGUUCUUCCAGAAUUAGGAGGCAUCGAGGGCUAGGGCCAGAAGUUCUCCUUGUAUACUGUGACUGCGCAGUCAUUUUUUU